CGCGGCGCGCCGCGCGUUGCCCGCGGCCGAGAGGCCCCGCGCUGUGCUGGCCUCGGCCAGAUGCCCGGCUAGCGCGCGCGCGGGGGCGCGCCCGGCAGCCAUGCCCGCGGACUCGGGGAAGGCGGCGUCAGUGGUGCUCCUGGGUGGCAUCAUCCUCCAGGUGCAGGUGCUAUACCUGUGGCGCACGGCCAACAAGCGCCAGAGGGUCGCCUGUGGCGAGCUUGUGAGCCGCGCGACGUGCAUGCUCGUCGCCCUGCUCCUGCGCGGCGCCACCGACACCCUCCUGAGGGCACAGCUGAAGAUCGACGGGGCCAUGGUGGAGCUCGUGACCGACAUGGCGCAGAUGGCCACCUGGCUGGCUGUGAUGAACAUGGUGCUGCACUCCACCGCGUGGCAGCCAGACAGGGAGGACGCGGCCAAGCCUGGCCAAGCUGGCGACUGGACCCUUCUGGCAUGCAGCCUGGCCGGCUUCGCGGCAGCGAGCGGGUGGGGAUCCUGGCAGCAGUCCGUGUUCCGCGGCAGCCCGCAGCUGGCCCUCGCGGCGGCGCUCCCGGGCUUCGUCGGUCGCCUGCCUCAGCCUAUGGAUGACGAGGGUGGGCUUCGGCAUCGGCCGCCAGGCGCUGUCGCCGGCGGAGACGCCCUCGGGCGGCCAGGAGGAGGCCCGGGGGCGCGCCGAGUCCGAGGUCGCGGGGCUGGCGCUGUCCUUCCUCACCGUGCAGGCGGCCUGCUUCGCCCUCUCGGGCACACUGCCGGGGCGGCUGGGCCCCGGCGAGCUCGGCGCGCCGCCGCUGGGCGGCCCGCAGGCCGCCGUGCUGGCCCUUGGCGGGGCGGCGUGCCUGG